UGGCUCAGCUGUUCGCGUCCCCGUCGCGUCAUCGCGUCCUCCUCGUCUGGUCUCGCCGCUUCGGCUGCCCCGUUCUCGCGGUCUCCAUGUCGGCGCGUCUCUGGGACUUCGUGUCGUCGAAAUAGUCAGCGAAACCGUCGUCAUCAUGGUGCCCAGUUGCUCGGCCGAGCUUCACAAACUGAUGAACGAGGUAGAGGUGGGCGAGCUAGAGUCGCCGACCGGGGUCAUGACCGCACAAGCCUACAUGCAACUGUUGGCUGUCUACCUCCACCAGAAUGAUUUAUGCAACGCGAAGUACCUCUGGAAGCGAAUCCCUGCGGACUUAAAGGCCGCGCACGAGGAGCUCGGACGGGUGUGGACGGUAGGGCAAUGCAUGUGGCAGCGCAACUGGCCAGCGGUUCACACGGCCCUAAACGUGGAAUGGAGCGAAGACAUCAAAGACGUUAUGGUAGCCCUCAAAGCCAAUGUUCGAGAGCGGGUGAUGAGGCUGAUAUCGAAGGCGUACUCCUCCCUGAACCUGACCACCAUGGCGACGAUGAGCGGAAUGUCGUCGGACGAGGCGCGACAGGCCGCCAUCGACAGGGGCUGGACCGUUGACGGUGCCGUAGUGCAACCGCGCAAACAAACGGUCGACGAGGAACAGUACAGUCAAUCGGACAAGAUCUGCCUGACGGAGGAGCAGCUGCAGAAGCUCACCCAAUUCGUGUCCUUUCUGGAGAAUUGAGGGCAACCCCGCCGUUUCUCCCCGAUCCUUCGGCAUUGUGAACUCGGGUUGCCGCGCGGUCUCUGUAUGACGGACUUGAAACUCCUCUCGCAAUCUCACCUCGUAAUCCUAUUAUAUAAAGGAGGAAGUGCGCGCCAAAGGUAGCAUCAUCGAUAUUCGCGUUCGUAAAAUAAGCAUACCCCGUGAAAGAAAAGGAGAGGGAGAAAGAGAUGAAAGAGAGAGAGAGAGAAAGAGUGAGAGAGAGAGAGAGAGAGAGAAGGGAGGAAAGUGACAGAGAUAGAGACAGAGAGUCUACCCACGCGAUUUGUUCGUUCAAUCGGAAGGAUAAUUCAAUGAAGCUCCUCGCAAGCGUGGAAUCAACAACUAUAUUAAUCGAUAAUCAGCUGUGCGUGCGAGAGGGCGGACUGGCAUUUGCGGAAAGGGAUCCUCCGGCAGGAGCGCACUUCUUCUCCUCCCCUCACCCGUCCCGCCGUCCUCCACCGUGUUCCUCUCCUCACCCGACGUUGGAUCCCAUGGUAAAUACACACCGUUCGCAACCGUUCGCAACGUUGUAAUUAUCAAAGCGGAUCGCCGCAGUAAGAAUCGCGCAGGUAGCCGUUAACGUUCCUCGCGGACGACGCGACACCCGUACGUACCUUUCUCUCUCUCUUUCUCUCUCUCUCAGGCGUGGACACGCGCGCGCGACGUGUGAACGUUAUCACGCGUGGACUCUUCGUAGCGUAUUUUCGAAUCGAUUUAAAAAAAAAAUAAAAAGAAAAAACGAAACACAAAAAAAGAAACGAGAGAAGACGAAAAAGGGCUGGAACUGUUUCGAGCGGCGUGCUCUGCUGGAUUUUGAUAAAGUGUGUUAUAGCAGCAAGUGAGUGUUUGUAUUUGUUUCUCUUCUCCCGUUUACCGACUAUAUCAUUAUCCUCACGCAACAUUCCCUCUUCUGACAUCAUUACACGCGCGCUACCACGCGAGAGCCGCUUACGUACCGAAAAUGCAUUUUUCAGAUGGAUAUGGAUAUUACGAAUUUUCGCGAUGGACGACUGACGUUCAUCUUUCCUAAUUUUUUUUUUUCGAGGGAAUAAAUUAAAGAUACGUUUAUAUACAUGUAGUCACUUAAAAAUAAGAAAUAUUUACUCGAUAAUUAUCAUCGUUCACGAAUUAUGAUACCUGAAUUGAUAAUAAAUAAAGAUUUAAUCGAUGCGGAUCGGCAAAA